AUGACUUCAUCCAUGUCUGUGCCACCCCCGCCCUCAGCGGCGAUACCGCUGCCUUCGUCAGCAACCGCGGUUCCGCUACCGCCCGCGGUCGCCGUUCCUCCGCCGCCUGCGGAGACCACGCCGCCUACCUCGUCAGGAGGAGUUCCCCCGCCACAGUCCGCACCGUUGGUUCCGCCUCCACCAGGAAGCGUCAUUCCUCUGCCACACCCGCCAUGUAUCAAUGCAGCCGUAUCGGCAGCACCACCACCACCCUCGGCGAUCGCCACGGCCCCGCUGCCUCCGGAAGUCGCACCCCCUGCUCCAACAAGUGCGGUGGCCCCACCUCCACCUGUGCAGGCGGCACCAGGGGUGACAGCCCCACCACCUGUGCAGCCCAUCUCCGUUGAGGCAUGGCGGACCCUAGAAAGCGCCACCCGCGAGCCGGUGCCUAACAUGGAGGCUACCCGCUACCUGUCGGUGGAGGAGCGGGUGCGAGAUGAGGUGUGUCGGCUCUUUAUCCUCUCCGAAUACGAUGUGGGUACCCUCAUGGUAAACAUCGCACAAAGCCUCCAGCACGUGGGGCGUCAUGACGUGGGUCUGCUGCGGAACGAGAACAAUACAGCCUUCACCAUCACCCAGUCUGCCGCGCACGGGCGGCAGGGGGACACGCUGGUGGAGCAGCGGCGCUACGCUGUUGCCGAUGCGGUUGCGCGCAUCAACCAGGCUGGCAGCGAUGCGGAGCGCGCGUUUGCUGAGGUAGCGCAACGUGGGGCAGAAACUGCACCGCCGGCGGCACCAGUGAAGGAUACCCCCACCGCUGCAGCGCCAGCGUUCCGCAAGAGCGCCUACGAACUGCUGAUGGAGCAAAUCGCAGCCACUCGCCGCGGGCGCAGUCCGCAGAACCGUCGCAUCGCCUCUCCGGAGGAGCGGCCGAAGCGCGCAGCGGGUGGGGCUGGGUGUGUCGAGUACCCCACCUCCUACAACGGGAGCUAUCUGCUACGGCGCUACGGGGGCACGUACGAUCCGCAGCGCCAAUACAGCCAUUACCGCUACUACGGCUGUCCUCCAUCGAAGUGA